AUUGCGUGCCUUAGGUGAUUUUUUUUUGCAGUCUCUGUAUUUUUCUGUUACUGCUACUUUUGUUGUUCCUCUUUCAUUUGAAGGAGUUACAGAUUUGUUUUUAUGAACCCUACUUUGUGAUCAGUUAAUGCUUAGUGAACUGUUAGUUCAUCAUAGAUAGAUGCCCCUCUUCCAGCCACAUGAUUACGUAUAUGUUAUCCGUUGGUUGGACUGUUAUGCACGAUUACUUUACUUGUAGAUUGUAAGGACUAAGGAUCAAUCAUUUUACUUGUGAUGUGAUGCUGUUUGAAACAAAUAAUUUAUUGUCCUUGAUGAAACUAGGGAUUUUCAACUAGAAUUUGGACGUGAUGUUACCUUUGCCACCACAGCUGAAGCUGUUUCCUCUGCUCCAGAGGUUAUGAAUCAGGAGAAGCUUGCUCUCGUCGAUACCACACAAAGGGAACUAAUUGGGCCUUUUGAUGAUUCAAUCAAUGCAUAUGAUGGUUCGGAGAUAAUAAUAGAUCCUCCCCAGGAACUUACCAGUAACCCCACUAUGUUCUGGGAUGACAUUAUUAAAGGUGUUGGUCAAGAAUUUGAUAACGUGAAGGAUUUCCGAGCUCAGUUGUGCAAGUAUUCCAUCGCGAAAGGAUUUGCGUACCGGUUCAUAAAAAAUGAAACCACCAGAGUGACUGUGAAGUGUGUUGGGGAUGGCUGCACCUGGCGAUUGCAUGCAUCUGAGUCAUCUCGUAGCAAGAAGUUUGUUAUCAAGAAAAUGACUGAUGUGCACACAUGUGGAGGAGAAGGUGGAGAGGGUCAGCGGCGAGCAACAAGGCAGUGGCUGACUACCAUCAUUAAGGAGAAACUGCGUGUGAAUGCAUCACUCAAGCCGAAGGACCUUGUCAAAGAAAUAUAUGAAGAAUAUGGAGUUCUGCUGACCUAUUCACAGGUUUGGCGGGGUAGAGAAGUGGCACAGAAGGAGAUGUUUCAUGUUAUGAGGGAGACAUUUGGCCAUUUGCCCUGGUACCGUGAUAGACUUUUUCAGACUAACCCAGGGAGCUCACUUGAAUUGUCUCAGACAGUGGAUACACGCCGUGUUUUUAUCGCAUUCCAUGCUUCUUUACACGGUUUUGCAAAUGGGUGCAGGCCCCUCCUUUUUCUUGACAAGGUUCCGCUCAAGGCCACAAAUGAGUACAAGUUGCUGGUUGCGGCUGCAGUUGAUGCAGAUGAUGGUGUCUUUCCAGUGGCAUUUAAUGUGGUUGAAGAUGAAAGUUAUGACAGCUGGGUUUGGUUCUUGAUGCAGCUGAGGAUUGCUCUCCAAUAUCACAGCUACCCAUUCAAUGCUAUGACAUUCUUGUCCAAUGGACAAAAGGGUCUGGAUGCUGCUGUCCCACAUGUGUUUGAAGAUAGCCACCAUGCCUUCUGUUUACAUCAUAUCAUGGAGGAAUUCAGAGGAGAACUGAGGAAGGGACCAUGGUCGCAACAGAUAAGAGAUGCGAUGGUCGAAGAUUUUACUCGUGCGGCCGAAGCAUGCAGCAUUGAUGAGUUUAAUGCAUCAAUUGAGAGCAUAAGGAAUAUAUCCACUGAAGCUGCCGACUGGAUCAUUGCGAGUAAGCCAGAGCAUUGGUCAGAUGCCGUCUUCACGGGCUGUCGGUAUGACCAUUUCUCAUCAAACAUUGUUGAUGCAUUUAAUAACUGGAUACCAACAAAGAAGGAGGGGUCCAUGGUGCUGAUGAUAGACUCUCUGAGAAUAAAAAUAGCGGAGAUAAUGGAAGCAAGGCGUGAAGCCUGCAAGUCAUGGGAAGGGCCUUUAACACCUUCCAUGGAUUUCAAAGCGCAGGGUGAGAUGUCGAAGGCUAGUAAGCUGACCGUGCUGUGCUCUUCCGAGACUGUGUUUGAAGUGCGGGGCAGUGGUAUUUUUGUUGUUAAUCUUGCAAAUUGGGAAUGCACAUGUCGGAGGUGGCAACUUUCUGGCCUCCCUUGUAUGCAUGCUGUUGCUGUGUUUAACAGGAUUGGACGAUCUUUCUACGACUACUGUUCCAAGUUUUUUAAAAUAGAGAGCUACCAUAUGACAUAUUCAGGAACAAUCCUCCCAAUUCCUGACAUGGAUACCUUUGAUUUUAGUGCCGGGGCAACGAUCCCACCUCCCAAGCCACGCACAUCAGAUAAACCAAGAAGAAAGAGGUUUAAUCCCAACAAGGUAACCACUCUUAUACGGCUCUGUAGCAGGUGCAAGCAGGCUGGCCACAACAAGGCAACGUGUGAAGCUCUUCUGUAGACAAAGCAAAUUCUUCAUCUGCAGUAUGUAUAGCAGGUUCACUUGGAGGUCCGAUGUGGUGAAAGAGAGUUCAUGGUAGUGGGCUCUGUAUUUAGAUGGAAGGACGGAGAUAACACGACAUCAUUCGAUAUGAUUUUGUUUAUAUGAAGGGUGUAACUUAAGUUCUGUAGCAAUGGACUAGAGAUGAUGAUCCGGUGCUAUCUUCUGGACAGUGUCGACUGAAAACAGAGUAGUCGAUGGUUAGCUGUUUAGUUAUAGCUGUAGGUUCAGUUAUUUUAUCCUAGUGUCAUAGUAUUAUUCUCAAAUUCUUGUGUAUGUCAUAGUUCUUGUAGUCAGUUAUUGCUCUGCAUAGCAGCUGUCUAUUGUGGCCAGGAUCACUCUUCCUUUUAGUCCAUCAAGCUUUGCUCUCUGUUCUGCUGGGAUCAUGUAUAGCAGAUAAUAAUGAUUCUGUGAGCACUUUGGAAGUAUAUACAUUCUCAUGAUUCGUGUGCAAA